AUGGAUUGCAAUGCACAGAAGUUGUGGGAAAAUCAGCGAGAUGAAACAAAACGUCCUUCGUAUGAAGACUUGAUAGUGUUCAUACACGAGCAUUCUCGUACAUUGCAGUCACUCCAGCUCUCCCAAACUGCCAUUUCUUUUGUGGAAAACAAAUCUCCAAGGUAUCUCGCUGUGGCAAAUCAUGCUGCCUCAGAAUCAACACAAAAGUGUGCCGCCUGUAAACAAACACACUACCUAUUCCAGUGUGAAUUUUUUCGAGCUCAAACCCCUCAACAGCGAUUUGAGUUAGUCAAACGAAGUAAUUUGUGCAUAAACUGUUUGAAGUCCACACACCAAUCCAAAAACUGCAACAGUGGCUCUUGCAAGUAUUGUCAAAGAAAGCAUCACACGCUGCUUCACCUUCCCCCGUCGCCGGCAUUGUUCGUAACAGAUGCCCAACAAUACAUGCAACCUGUAAUCCCGAUGCUCCAGAAGUCGGAGGUUGUCAAUAAAAUGUCGCUUGCUCCUACCGUUAUACAGUCAAGUGACACCGUCGUCACUUCGGUCGGUAAUUCGCGUUCGUUUUCGUCGCCGCCGGUAUUAGCGCCCUUCCUUGCUUCGUCCGGUAACGUCGCACCUUCCUCCACAACGUGUCAAACAGUGAUACCAGUUCCAGUUAACGAUUACACAGUGUUUCUUUUCACCGCUCUUGUGAAAGUUCGAGACAAUCUCGGACAAGAUCAAUUCGCACGUGUGUUACUAGACCGUGGGUCUCAGUCAAACUUCAUUUCCGAAUCGCUAUGUCAACGCCUUGCGUUACAUCGCAGCAAAGUCAACGUACCAGUAAGCGGUAUUGGCCAAGCCAUCAUGAACGUGCGUUACAAAGUUUCAGUGCAGUUCUCUUCGAGAUUUGAAUCUCAGCAGCAUUGCAUGGAAUGUUUAGUACUACCUAAGCUAACCGUCAGCCUACCAACGAAGUCAGUAAACAUCAUUGAAUUUAAUUUGCAAGCAGAGCAAAUUAAAUUCAAUGAACAUCUUCCAGUUCUACAGAAGACCAGUCUCGGAUAUAUCAUAGCAGGUAAAGUUCCUACUGAAGCAUCUACGCCAGUCACAUGCCUUGUGUCUACUUUUGAUGAUCUUGACGCCAAGGUUAAACGAUUUUGGGAAGUAGAGAACUUUGAUCAUUAUAAAACUUACUCAGCCGAGGAACAACAAUGCGAAACUCAUUUCGCUACCAGGCAUAUUCGCAAUGCUGAAGGAAGGUACAUGGUUCGUCUACCCAUUCGCCAAGAAAUGCUCCCUCUCAUCGGCGACACGUGGGCUACGGCAGCUCGAAGGCUUACGGCGGUUGAAAAACGUUUACGAGCGGACGUCGACCUUCGAAAUAGUUACGUGCAGUUCAUGGAAGAGUAUCGACAACUUGGUCAUAUGGAGGAGGUGCAGACUCGCGUCGCGGUGCCCCAGUUUUUCCUACCUCAUCAUGCAAUCUCUCGUUCCGAUUCGUCUACUACAAAAACCAGAAUAGUUUUCGACGGAUCUUGCAAGAGCAACAAUCAUCUUUCGCUGAACGACGUUCUACUUACCGGACCUACUGUGCAGCCUACUCUGUUGGCUACUGUGCUCAAUUUUCGCAUGCAUCGCUAUGCAAUGACAGCGGACAUAGAAAAGAUGUACCGACAAAUUCUAGUUCAUCCGGAAGAUAGGCCACUGCAACAAAUUCUAUGGCGUCAGAAAGAGUCCGAGGCGAUCAAACCAUACUAUCUGAACACGGUUACGUAUGGUACCUCGUGUGCUCCCUUUCUUGCAACAAGAACCCUGAAUCAGCUUGCCGAGGACGAUGGGGACGAUUUUCCGCUAGCAACACCCGUAGUAAAACGAGAUUUUUAUGUAGAUGAUUUACUCACCGGAUCAGACAAUCCUGCCCUUCUGGAACAUAUUCCGGAAAGGUUUCGUGAGACACUUAGUGCUGUAGAGCUUGAUCAAUCGCCUGCGAUCAAAACUCUCGGACUACUAUGGUUUCCUGAGGAAGAUCUUUUCGGCUUUAAGAUUCCGCAGUUUUCAAGAAUCGAAAAGGUUACGAAACGAAUCGCGCUCUCUGAGAUGUCACAGCUCUUUGAUCCUCUGGGUCUAAUUGGACCAGUUGUAGCCAGUGCUAAGAUAUGGGUUCUUAGUUCAACAGAAGUAAAGUGGGAUCUUCAUUGUUUUACUGAUGCUUCAGAGCGCGGAUAUGGUUGCUGCAUCUAUGCUGUAUCGCCUAACAGUGAAUCUAUCACAAGCAAUUUACUUAUCGCCAAAUCGCGAGUAGCUCCAGCAGGUGGCCUUAGUAUUCCCCGUCUUGAACUUUGUGCUGCUGUGCUUGGUAGUCAAGUGGCUGAUAGUGUACUACAAACAAUCGGAUUCAGUGGAUCUAUGACGUAUUGGACCGAUUCAACCAUAGUACUUCACUGGAUCAGGUCACCACCUUCAAAAUGGAAGGUUUUCGUAUCCAAUCGUAUCGCAGAGAUUCAACGGCUAACCAGAGACUAUAAGUGGCGACAUGUUUCUACAACGGACAACCCAGCAGAUCGAAUAUCGCGAGGAGUGGAACCCCAGCAACUACUGCAGGACAGUCUGUGGUGGAAUGGGCCAUCGUUUUUGUUACUGUCAUCGGAAGAUUGGCCAGAAUCAAUUAUCGUUACGUCGCCGUCUCUGACGGAACAACAAAUGCUGGAACGCAAAACUACCGUUGCCCUUCAUUCGCAUGUACCUGACACUUCAAUGAUUCACGCCUAUUCUGAACUUGCCCCUCUCCUCAGAGUCACAGCGUAUUGUCAGCGAUUCAUUGCAAACUGUAGAUCCGCUAAAUCAGAACGCAGUCAAGGGUCGAUUACGGUACACGAGUACGAUAAAGCAUUAAAAACUUUAGUGCGCAUCACUCAAGCCGCUGAUUUCAAGGCGGAAUUGAAGUAUCUUGAAGGCAGAGGUGGAGGUUCACUUAAAGGAUUUCCAUCAAAAUCAUCGAUCAAAGAUCUCGACUUGAUCAUCGACACUGGUCUACUGCGCGUCCAUGGCCGUAUCUCUAAAUCAGCAGGCACGUACGACAGCCGAUUUCCGAUGGUAUUACCUGCUAAACAUCAUCUCACGAAGUUGAUCGCGAAAUCAGUCCAUCAUCAAACGUUACAUGCAGGACCUACGCAACUGCUUGCUAUUCUCAAACAGCGUUUUUGGCCUGUUCGUGGCAGAGAUCUCGCUCGAAGGACAGUUCACCGUUGUAUUACGUGUUUCCGCUGUCGUCCAAAGAUAAGUAACCAAUAUAUGGCACCACUGCCAGCUGCUCGCAUUACUGCCGCGAAGGUCUUCGAGCACACUGGGUUGGACUACUGUGGGCCGUUUCUCGUUCGUCCAUUAGCGGGAAGAGGCGCUUCGGUAAAAGUCUGGGUCGCAGUGUACGUGUGUUUCGUCAUAAAGGCCGUAGUGCUGGACAUCGUCGCCGGGAUGUCUGCUGCAGCGUGCGUCAACUCGCUUAGACGCUUCGUGAGUCGUGUCGGUCGUGUACGUAUAAUACACUGCGAUAACAGCACAUCAUUCGUCGGCGCGUAUCGCGAAAUAAAGGAGAUCCGACAGCAGUUCAUCGAACAGCUGAAGUCCAGCGGGUGGCUCAACGAGUGCCUAGAAAAGGGUAUAGAGUUCCAGUUCAUUCCACCAAGAGCACCGCAUGCGACUCAGCGAUCCAUCCACGAUUUUUGGAAACGCUGGUCGAAGGAGUACAUCAGCCUUUUGCAUCAACGGCCAGCUAAGUGGCGGAAGAAUCCGACACCUUUUCGUAUUGGGUCAAUGGUCCUCCAUAAGAAAGACAACACUCCACCAAAACAAUGGCCUCUUGGGCGCAUCAUUGCCGUAUUCCCAAACGAGGACAAUAUCGUACGAGUGGUGGAUGUCCGCACACAAGCCGGUAUUCGACGACGUGCUACGACGGAACUUUGCCUGUUACCUAUCGAUGAAGACCAGGAAAUACGUCCAUCUGAUCGUGUUGAUUGA